AUGGAGCAGCAGUUUCAAUCAGUUUACACUAUUUAUAAAUUCAAUGAGGCUCUGGCUGAGUUUACGGGAAAUGUUUACUGCGACCUCAUCUCUACUUCGGAGGGACCCUCAGGGACGAUGUAUGAGGUUCGGCAGGACGUUAUGGGCGGCGGGAUAAAGAGGAAGAAAACAUUCGUUGUCUCAUUUGAUAGACAAAAUUGUGAUAUUAUUUGCAGCUACCAUUUGUUCGAGUUUAGGGGGAUAAUUUGUAGGCAUGCUAUUGCAGUACCGAUUCGUUGUGACGUCACAUUACUUCCUGAGAGGUACAUACUGCGAAGGUGGAGGAAAGACGUUAGCAGAGCACACACUAGAGUCGCAGUCAAUUACGACGGUUUGGUUAGUACUCCUAAGCAGUUGAGGUACGGCGACAUGUGCCGUGCUUUUGAAGAAGUAGCGGACCUCGCAGCAAACGAUGAGGGUCGAGCAUGUGUGAUUAUGGAAUGGAUAAAACUUCAGCGUCAAGACCUCAUGAUGUCUAAAAAGUCAGGUACAGGAAGCAAUGCUAUAUCCAAACAUUCUUUUGACCAUAUGGACCAAUGCACUGAUUUUCAACAUCAUGAUAGCGUGACUAUACGUGAUCCAGUAGCGUCACACACAAAAGGGUCCCCCAAGAAACUUCGAAGAAAAGGUCUGUUGGAGUCGAGUUCGAAGAAAGGCAAGGGAAGCUCAGCACCAAACAAAGGAAAGCGACCAAGCACGAGGCAAAGGGAUACGGCUGAGAGUGUGGUCGACAUUUAG